AUGCCACGAAAAGUCAACCGAUUCGUCAUUCAGUCCGCCAUCUUCAUUGGUGUCCUUCUGCUCAUUCUUUACAUUAAUCGCCCACAGAGCGCAACAGAUAAACUCUUAGCAUGGACUGAAAUUCGAUACAAACCCAAAAGUGUUGCGGAACAGCUAGAGUCUCGCGGCGCAUGUCCCAGUCUAGCCGGUAGCAAGAAACCGGCCUUGGUGGUGGCCCGGGUAGCAGCAGACGGCGACGCAUCAUGGAUUGAUUCACUGUCCAAGAAAUACCAUACAUGUGUGUAUACUGUGGAUGCUCCAAUAGAUCAUACGUCAAAGUAUCUGCAAGUUCCGACUAAUCGGGGGCAUGAGGCGAUGGUGUAUCUGACUUUUAUCAUCGACAAUUACUAUCACAUCCCAGAAGCUGGAGUAGUCUUUGUACAUGGCUCUAGAUGGGCUUGGCAUAAUGACGAGCCAACAUACGACAAUUCUGUUCUGCUCAAGGCUCUCGAUGUUCACGCCGCUCUCGAGCCAUGGGGAUACCAUAAUCUACGCUGCGACUGGAGCGUGAGCACCUGCCCGGCCUCGGCGAAGCCACAGGGUAGCAUGGAGACAUCCCUACAGGCCAUUGUUAGUCCAUGGGAUGCACGCGCGGUGUCGGAUUCAUAUUUACCAGGGGCUUUUGAAAAUCUAUUUGGAAAAGGAGAUGGCAAGCUUGGAAAUCAUCAUACCGUUCGUUCGCAAUGUUGUGCGCAAUUCAUUGUCGGUCGAAAGAACAUUCUUCAGCAUUCACUUGAAGAGUAUAUUGCGUUGCGGCAAUGGCUGCUUGAUGGAACUCGUGAUGCUGCACCACGCGAUGAUCGUGUUUCGGGGCGUAUAUUAUCGUAUCUUUGGCACAUAUUGUUCAUCAGGAAGCAAGAAAUCGAAGAGAAUGGCGCGAUUUCUCUUGACAAGCUUAAUUUAGCGGCAUGUCCGCGUGCACCGGAUUGUUAUUGUCGACUGUAUGGGCUUUGCAAUUUGGAUAAAUGCACCGCUGGCCAUUGCGAAGGCCAAUAUGAAAUACCGCCAGAUUAUAAGAUUCCGGCCGACUGGGCCGCAACGCAUUCUUGA